CUGGCCCCCCACGAGGCCCAGGAGCAGCAGGAGCUGAGGGCUUGCCUGCGCUGGCAUCGCCUCCAGGACGAGGUGCAGAACUCCCCGGAGGAAAUGCAGGUGUUGAGACCCAAUAAAGAAAAAACUGGCCAUGUGAGUGACUCAGGAUCGUCUGUCAUCAGACAUGGGCUUAAUCCGGAGAAGGUCUUCAUGCAGGUUCAUUACUUAAAGGGCUAUUUCCUUCUCCGGUUCCUUGCCAAAAGACUUGGAGAGGACACCUAUUUUUCAUUUUUAAGGAAGUUUGUGCACUCUUUUCAUGGGCAGCUGAUUCUUUCUCAGGAUUUCCUUCAAAUGCUGUUGGAGAACAUCCCAGAAGAAAAAAGGCCUGAGCUGUCUGUUGGAAACAUCUUCCGAGACUGGCUGGAGAGUUCUGGAAUUCCACAGCCGCUGCAGAGGGAGCGCCAGGCCCGGGCGGAGUGCGGGCUCGCGCAGCAAGUGAGCGCCGAGGUCGCGAAAUGGGUCCGAGUGAACCGGAGACCCCGAAAACGGAAACGAAAGGACAGAGAAGAAGUGUUUGAGAAGCUUCUUCCAGACCAGCUGGUCUUGCUUCUGGAGCAUCUCUUGGAGCAGAAGACUGUGACUCCGCGAACUCUGCAAAGCCUUGAGAGGACGUACCACCUCUCGGAGCAGGAUGCCGAGGUUCGGCAUCGCUGGUGUGAACUCAUUGUUAAGCACAAAUACACAAAAGCGUACAGAGACGUGGAGAGGUUCCUUCAGGAGGAUCAGGCCAUGGGCAUCUACCUCUACGGGGAGCUGAUGCUGAGUGAGGAUCCGCGGCAGCAGCAUCUCGCCCGCAGGUGCUUUGAGCUGAGCAGGGAGCAGAUGGACAGAUCCUCAGCCGAGGUGGUGGCUGAGAUGUUAUUUUAA